AGGAAACCACAAUUCCCAGGAUGCACUUGGAAUUGCUGUGGCUGCUGAACGGGGGAAGGGAAGCUGAGAUUGGAGGGGGAAACAAUCAGAAACUCAGAUACUUUGGGCCUCCUGCUUUGGAGUUGGGCCAAACAAGAACUUUUCUCAAUGCCCCCCAUCGAGGUUUUUUGUUUUGGCUUCUUUGCUGCAGCCGAGCUUAAACAGUAACCCAGCUUUAGACAAAUUGAAUUUGUUCUGGUCGCCAGAAUCAUGAAGAUUCUUGGACGGGGAGAGCCCAGGCUUGAAAAACAGCAACAUCAUGCAGCUUCUGUUUGCUUGUGGUGGGGCUGAGCUGUGGAGAAGAGGAAGGGUUUCAUGACACUACACUGCGACUCUGAUUUUGAGAGGAUCUUGUUAACUUUCAUACACAAAUUCCUACACAAUCAAGGCGUGUAAAGAUCCCCAACCUUGGUUGCUUAAAAGAAAACAACAAGAUGAUCCGGACACAUGGAUCUCAGUGACGUUUCUGUGAAAUCCGGUUGUUGACAUGAAGAUCUCUGCGCAUGUGAGAAGAAAAUGAGAAAAGCAUAGAGACUUUCGCUCCCUACAGGUGUGCACUACAGAAACCAUGCUGGCCUUUGCCGUGGCUCCCCAGCUCAUCUUCUUUCAUGACUUCAAAAGCCUUUAGAGGCCACUGUCAGGAUCAUCAUCAACAUUCAACAGGAUUACGUGCAAUGGAAGAAAACGCUGAUGUCUCAUCUCACACAGAGGGUCUAAAUGUUUUGCCACGUGAGCAUAAACCAAUGGAGAUCACCAAUGGACAUUCCACCUAUAAGCCUGUCAUUAAUGGAGUGGUUAUAGGUCACAAUGGAAAAGACCACACUAAUGGCAGCGCAUCAUUCAGAUCUCUGCCGAUUUCAGCGCUAAAGCAAAAUGGCCUUCUGCAGAGCCUGGCAGCUGGUGGAAAUAAGGCCAGUCCCACAGAGGAUGCGGAGGAUGCAGAGUUGGAAAAGGCCAAGCAGGAGUGGGAGACUCUAGAUAACAUCCAACCAGCUCUAAGCGAGGACUCAAACCCCACCCCACUCAUCUCCUUCAAUGAAGCUCUGCAGUACUUCCAGACCACAGACCUCGGAGACCUGCUGAAAAACAUCCAGCCAACUAUUCGCAGGACCGGUCUGGCUGCGAUUGCACAUUUCCUGUUUGGUCCACCGCGGCUGCACAGGGAGCUCCUGGAGGAGAGGGAUCUCGUCUUUGCCAUUGCCCAGUGUCCCGUUGAUAACAGCCAAACGGUCCACAUGCGUGUCCUGCAAACCAUCAAUAAAAGGCUGAUUGGAACCAGGCUGGACUGUCCUCGCUACGGUUCGCACUGGGAAAACAUCGGCUUUCAGGGUACAGACCCAGCCACUGAUCUACGUGGAACCGGAUUUCUUGGACUGAUGCACACUCUCUACUUUGUGAUGGACCCAGAAACUCUCCCUUUGGCGAGAGAUAUCUACAAGCUGUCGCAGCAUCCUACACAGAACUUCCCAUUCUGUGUGAUGUCAAUCAACAUGACCCACAUUGCUUUGCAAGCUCUGAGAGAGGAGGCCCUGUCCAAGGAGUGCAAUCGUCGUCAACAAGUGGUCGGGGUGCUGAAUGAGUUUUAUGUCGCGGCAUUUCUCCACGUGUACCAGCUGUGGAAGACCCAACAGAAGACAAUAGCUGACUCUGGCUUUGUGCUGAAAGAAGUGGAGCUGUUUGCCAAAAAGAACCCCAAGCAGAUGCUGCGCCGACUAGAGGUCUUCCUGAAAGAGAGGCAGGCAGGUGGAGUCCCACGUGGGACAUCGCCAGACCCUCAGGGCCAACAGCCCUCUCCCAGCUUGGGGGAGAGAGGGGCUAAAGCUGGGGCGGGGCAGGGAAGCAGGGCAGAGGAGUUGCACUUCACAGGAGUGUGUGAUCUCCCGCCGGACAUGGAGGGAGAGGCCAGACUUAUCUAAAUUAGAGUCUGUGUGUGAGAGUGAGUGAGCUGUCCACCCCAUGAAGAGAUACAUCUAAUAAUCUAUGUGUGAAUGACUUAGUCAAAGCUAAAACCGCUCAGCAGGCGCUGAUCUGAGGUCUGCUAUCUGGAUCUUCUUCCUACAAUGCUGAGGUGCUGCACUUUGAUCA